AUGAGGCAAAAGUUUCGAAGUGUGCUAUGCAGAGGGCAUGUAUCGGAGACUUUUGGUUCAUAUAUGGACCCUACACCAGAAUGGUACUACCAGACUUUCCUGGACGUAGGGGAAUUUGGUUUUGGCCGGUUUGCUAGUACCUUAGUGCCCCUCAUCGACCGUCCAGGCAACACAGUGUAUAUGAAUGGAUACAUGGCAGGAGUGUAUGGACAGGCACAAGAAGUCCCCAAUGCCAACGCAUUUUCGAGUGAUAUUCUGGAAAUGCUGCUUGUGGAGACAUACAGAAGUUGGCGAACCUGGAAAAGUAGUAAAAUAACUAUUGGAGAGGCAGAAACUAAUUUGGUUGUAAGAAUGGUGGCAACUGUUGGAAAUUAUGAUCAUAUACUUGAUUGGGAGUUUAAGCAAAGCGGUUCCUUCAAAGUGGAGGUAAGGAGCCACCACUCAAUUUCUACGUCGGAGAAAGAUACAUAUGCGGAUUUUCUCACGCCUCUCUUAGAAAACAGUUGA